AUGACUUUGGGCACACUAGGGCCGGAGCGCGAGGUGAGGACUCGUGGUCGGACUGCGCAGGUGGGUUCCUGCCCGGGGGCGGGGCCUCGGGAGCGCUGGGCUUCUGGAGCGCUGGGCCUAGAGAGCCGGCUGCUGAGGACCCAAGUCUUGCAGUCCGGAGGCCGAGGAGACAUGGCUACCACCCGCGACGUUGAGAUCCGGAGGGACGUGCAGACCUACUACGGGCAGGUGCUGAAGAAAUCAGCAGACCUCCAGACCAAUGCGUGUGGCACUGCAGCCAGGCCAGUCCCUAAGCACAUCCGGGAAGCCCUGCAGAAUGUAAAUGAGGAAGUAUCCUUGAGAUAUUAUGGCUGUGGUCUGGUCAUCCCUGAGUGUCUGGAAAACUGCUGGAUUUUGGACCUGGGGAGUGGAAGUGGCCGAGACUGCUAUGCACAGCUGGUUGGUGAGAAGGGACAUGUCACUGGAAUAGACAUGACAGAAGGUCAGGUAGAAGUGGCUAACAAGUACAUUGAAUAUCACAUGGAAAAAUAUGGCUUCCAGGCACCCAAUGUGACUUUUAUUCAUGGCUAUAUAGAGAAGUUAGGAGAGGCUGGAAUCAAGAAUGAGAGUUAUGAUAUUGUUAUAUCCAAUUGUGUCAUUAACCUUGUACCUGAUAAACAGCAAGUGCUGCAGGAGGUAUAUCAAGUGUUAAAGCACGGUGGGGAGCUAUAUUUCAGUGACGUCUAUGCUAGCCUUGAAUUGCCAGAAGAAGUCAGGACACACAAAGUUUUAAGGGGUGAGUGCCUGGGUGGUGCUUUGUACUGGAAGGACCUUGCUAUCCUUGCCCAAAAAAUUGGGUUCUGCCCUCCACGUUUGGUCACUGCCAAUUUUAUUACAGUUCAAAACAAGGAACUAGAAAACAUGAUCGGUGAUUGCCGUUUUGUUUCUGCAACCUUUCUCCUUUUCAAACUCCCUAAGACGGGACCAACCAAAAGAUGCCAAGUUAUUUACAAUUGAGGAAUCACAGGACACGAGAAGGAACUAAUAUUUGAUGCAAAUUUCACAUUUAAGAAAGAUGAAACUGUUGAAGUGGACGAAGAAACAGCAGCUAUCCUGAAGAAUUCACGAUUUGCCCAAGAUUUUCUGAUCAGGCCAAUUGGAGAGAAGUUGCCGACAUGUGGAGGCUAUACUGCUUUUGAAGCAAAGGAUAUAAUCACAGAUCCAUUCAAGCUUGCAGAAGGGUCUGACAAUGCAAAGUCCAGAAGUCUCCCUGAAGCUGCCAGCGGCUGUUGAGGCACAGAGAAGUGCUGCUAA